GUGAGAUCAAACGAAACGCCGACCAACGACUUUUCUCGACGCAUUUCUGCCCAUAAGGUUCCAACAGCGAUCGUCGCUGCACUUUCUGUCCCUCCCGGUUAGCUUGUUUUUCUCUUGUUUUUACUGCGAAUCUUCCUUCCUACAAUCGGAUUGGACAGGCAUAGAUCCAUGGAAAGGAACGGGGACGAUUCCAUCCUCGGAGGUGAUGACGCCAUUGCCAGCUCAAACGCGGGCAUCGCCGGCGAGACCUCGGUCGUGUCCUCCAAUCUGAUCUUGGACCGCGUCGGAGAAGUGGCUCUCGCUCUCGAUCCCGAUGGACUGUCUUGGAAGUUGCUCGAGACCCAACGCAGCGAUCAAUCAGAAUGCUGUGGCAUUAAACGCUCUCCUUCAGAGGCAACGGAUACCAAACUUGCUGAUAUUUAUGCUGUGGAGUUUAUUGACCAUGGUUUAAUUCCUGAAUCAAAUCUUUCGAAUCCCGCAAGAUGUCUUCUAAACGAGGAUUCGCAGAUAUACCGGUUUAUAGUUCAUGGAGUCCAAAGGUCAAAGUCUCAUCCUUGCCGGUGUAUCUUAGGCACAUAUGUUUUUGGUCAUAAAGAUCGGCAAGUAUGUGAGAUGUGGGUAGAUCUAAUUAAUUCCCGUAUGGACAAAGAAAUGCAAAGGCCGAAGAAUCUCCUGGUUUUUGUUCAUCCGAAGAGCGGAAAGGGAAAUGGCUGUACAACAUGGGAAACUGUUUCUCCUAUAUUCUCACGCGCUAAAGUGCAUACGAAGGUGAUCGUGACUGAGAGGGCAAGUCAUGCAUUCGAUAUGAUGCUGGCCGCCACGAACGAGGAGCUCAAACAAUAUGAUGGCGUUGUUGCUGUUGGUGGUGAUGGUUUCUUCAAUGAAAUUCUCAAUGGUUUUCUUUCUUUGCGGCAUAAAGCUCCUUAUCCACCUGCUCCAACAGAUUUUGUGCAGUCUCUUGGAGAUUGUGGUGAUUUGUCGAUGCACAAUACAAAUGAAAGAGGAGCUGAAGGAGAUUCUGGCACUUGCUACCCAGAUGAUGGUUCUCAGUUCCUGCUCCCGAAGGAAGGAUUUCGAUUUGGAAUCAUUCCUGCUGGUUCAACUGAUGCUAUUGUGAUUUGUACAACUGGGGCUCGUGAUCCUAUUACUUCUGCAUUGCAAAUUGUAAUGGGGAAAAAUGUGCCUCUCGAUAUAGCUCAAAUUGUAAGAUGGAGGACAACAGCUGAAUCAAAGGUUGAACCUUGUGUACGAUAUGCAGCUUCUUUUGCUGGGUAUGGGUUUUAUGGAGACGUCAUUACUGAAAGUGAGAAAUACCGAUGGAUGGGACCGAAGAGAUAUGAUUAUGCUGGAACGAAAGUGUUUCUGAGGCAUAGAUCAUAUGAAGCUGAAGUAGCAGUCCUUCGAGUCAAUUCUGAAGAAAUGCAUCCAGCAGAGGGAGGUCAUUGGCGUCACCACUUUCGAGCGCUACGUGGUUUGAAUAAACGUCAGAAAGUAAUUUGUCGUGUUAAUUGUGAGAUCUGUACUGCAAAUACUGCUGUAAGUUCUCAAUCAAAGCCAGAUUCACAUCCGGGUGAAAUGGGUUGGUUGAGCUUCAAAGGGCGCUAUCUUAGCGUAGGGGCUGCCAUUAUCGCAUGCCGCAACGGGAGAGCACCAGAUGGUUUAGUUGCUGAUGCACAUCUUGCAGAUGGUUUUAUGCACCUCAUUCUGAUCAAGGACUGCCCUAGGGCCUUUUAUUUGGGGCAUCUUUUGCAGCUGGCAAAGAGAGAUGGAGAACCCUUGAACUUCGAGUUUGUGGAACAUCAUAAGACCUCAGCCUUUACUUUUAGAUCUUCUGGCAACAGCAGCAUGUGGAACUUGGACGGUGAACUCUUUCAAGCGCACCAACUGUCAGCGCAAGUAUUUCGAGGCCUAAUCAACUUGUUUGCUUCUGGACCUCCGGUUUAGAAGUUAACCACGUGUUGUCAUCCUCUCAAGAAACAUUUUUCAUUCCAUAAGAGUUAGAUAUAUACUCCACCGACUUCUGUGGCAGAAGGAAGGAUAUAUCGGAACUAGAUUAUACAUUCUGCAGAAAUCACGAAUUUGUAUCUUGAGAAUGCCUCCAACAGUUGAUAUCACACUGUCCUUUUCUAUGAGCACUGUCAAAAGGAUCUCUUUUUGUGAAUUAGAUCCAUCUACUUGGUAAAUUAACAGUGUUUUACGGUGCUUCCCUAAAUGAGGAGCGGACCGACUUACAGUCA